AUGCUUAGCGCUCUUACAAAGUUUUCGACCAACUCUCUUAAAUGGCAGAUCAGAUAUUGUCUUACAACAUCAUUUAAUGAAUUCAAAUUGUGUUCAAAAUCUCGUUAUACACUUUUUGGAAUGAUUAAAUGA